AUAGGUCUGAAAGUAGUCGUGGAAUACGGAUACGUAAUCAUUGCCAGUUCAACGCGUUGCCAGCCACCGCCACCUCCAGCUCCACCUCCGCCACCGCCACCAUCACCAUCUUCAUCAGCAUCGCACCAUCUGGUGGUGCUGGUGGUGCUGUUGUGCUCGCACAGGAUCGUCGGAAACAUCGCCAAGAUAUCUUCGUUCGAGGAAGACUACCGGGCUGACAGGCCCAUGGUGCAGCGCGCCUCUUCCUCGGAUGCACCCUCCGUUCAGGGUGGCCAACAUCGAGAGUCUCGGUUUGGCCUUGGAUACCCUUCCUACCAGAAUGGAUACAACAAACUAUUCACACAGGGUUCUGCCGACUCGAACUACUCACAACCGUCAUCCGAUCUGUCGCUAGACGAGGAAAAGGAAUCGCUUCGGCGAGAAAAGGAACGUCAGGCCUUAAGCCAGUUGGAUAAAGCGAGGAGCAAACCAGUGGCGUUCGCUGUGCGAACCAACGUAGCAUACGAUGGCGCCAUCGACGACGAUUCGCCGGUGCAGGGCGGAGCAGUUUCGUUCGAGAUCCGGGAGUUCCUGCACAUCAAAGAGAAGUACGACAAUAACUGGUGGAUCGGCCGGCUGGUCAAGGAGGGCUGUGAUGUGGGCUUCAUACCCAGCCCCGCUAAGCUAGACAACAUUCGCAUGCAGAACCAAACCAGACCCUCAAGACUGUAUGGCACAAAGGGCUCGUCGAGCGGGAAUCUUGGUGCGGGCGGACAAGCAGGUGACGAAUCAGAUUCCAUGGGACCAGGACGACACGGCAAGACACCGGCGGCGGCGGCCAACAAGGAGAAGCGGAAGCCGUUCUUCAAGAAACAGGAGACGGCCAGUCCCUACGAUGUGGUGCCUUCGAUGCGUCCCGUCGUCCUAGUGGGGCCCAGUUUGAAGGGCUACGAGGUGACCGACAUGAUGCAGAAGGCCCUCUUCGACUUCCUCAAGCACCGCUUCGAGGGCCGCAUCAUCAUCACCCGGGUGAUGGCCGACAUCUCGCUGGCCAAGCGCUCCAUCAUGAACAAUCCCUCGAAGCGGGCCAUCAUGGAGCGAUCCUCCAGCCGGAGCGACUGCCUCGGCAAGGUGCAGGAGGAGAUCGAGCGCAUCUUCGAGCUGGCCCGCUCGCUCCAGCUGGUCGUGCUCGAUUGUGAUACAAUCAAUCAUCCGUCACAACUAGCGAAAACUUCAUUAGCGCCAACAAUAGUGUACUUAAAGAUUAGUAGUAGUAAGGUUUUACAGCGUUUGAUCAAAUCACGUGGCAAGUCGCAGGCGAAAAACCUCUCCGUUCAAAUGGUUGCCGCCGAGAAGCUAGCCCAAUGUCCACCGGAUAUGUUCGAUGUAAUCCUAGACGAGAAUCAGCUGGAAGACGCCUGCGAGCACAUUGCCGAGUACUUAGAGACGUACUGGAAGGCCACCCACCCGGACAUUCGAGCCGUGCCGCCCAUCGCCCGCCCCCUGCCGCAGGAGGCCUCGCCCUCCGCAGAUCCCGCGCGUCUGGGACCGACGCCUCCAGUAGAUGGCGAGGAGUUUGUCGAUGAGCAGGAUCCCAGGAUGGGCAUGUCCGGCGGAGAUCGCGAGGGAAGCCGGGAGCGGGACCGCGAUAGCAGGGAGAGGGAGAGGGAGCGCGAACGGGAGCGGGAUUACUGGGAUCGGGAGUUCAACAGAGAUCGCAGCUCCAAGGACCGCGAAAGGGACCUCGAGUGGGAGCGGGAGCGGGCUCGCGAGUGGGAGAGAGAGCGGGAACGAGAUUGGGAUAGGGAGUUCGAUUGGGACCAAGGAGGAACCUCUUACCAGCACAGCCGCCGACAACCGACCUCGGUUCGCCACCAGGAGCGCGGCGGAGGAGUGGGCGCAGGCGGCGGAGGAGGAGGAGGAGGCGUCGGCGGUGGCUACGAGCGGGACCGCGAACGGGAGCGGUACGAGCGGCGCGAGCGGGACCUCAUGCACUACGAUCUCAAUAGCGACGAGCUGCUGGACGAGCGCAACUUUGAGUAUCCGGCGAUGAGGAGCGGCCCCAGCGGCGCCUCCCACCACGGCCAUCUGUCCAGGGGCGGACGCCUGCUGGAGGAUCCGGACUUUGAGCGCGAGGAGGCCCAGAUGCGGAUGAGCAGCUCACGCUACGGACCCUCGACCAGGAUCGACGACCCACGGGAUCUGCCGCGUGGCGCCACCGUUGUCGAUCGCGAUGAAUACAGUCCGCACAGAGGUGGUGGGAGUAGUAGGAGAAUGCUUAAUGCCAUGUCCAGGCCGUUGGGCCUGCCCCGCCAGUCCUCCCUGCCCAGUAACAGAGCACCCGUGUCGUACCUGCCACGCCAGUCCUCCCUGGGCACCCACUGGCUAUCCUCCUCCUCGCAGAGCAGCCUGGAUCAAGGACCCCAAUCUCGCCGAGAGCUUUAUCCACUGCUGCAUCAGCCGCAGUCUUAUUCCCAGCCUCGAUCCCAAUACACCGCCCACUCGUAUACAGCCGCACCACAGCACACCAGUCAGUCGCGUUCCCAGACCCAAUCCCAGUCCCACUCUCAGUAUCGCUACUCCGUGCAGGACACAUCGUUUGCCCACCCGCCAAGAUCCCUGCGCGAGGAGUUCCUCAGUCCCACCAUGAGCAAGGUCGAAGCUGUCACCCACGCCAUUCGCAACAAGAUCAUCGUGGAGGAGGACGAAGAGGAUAUCCUGAGCACGGAUCGGUUCUAUUAAAGAGAUUUCAGUCGCCACCCCGCGUCCAUUUUGGCUUGGGUAACCUCCUUGCGGGUGGGAGAGCAAGUGCAGCAGUGCCAAAACACACGAUACAUUUGUAAGUGUUCCAUUCGCUGAUCGGAUCAAUUUGGUAGCAACACAGAUACAGACACACACAAACAGAAACAGAAACACACACAAAGUAGCUGGUUAAAAUUAAAGUGAGCGUUAAAGUGGCGGUUAAAGCAAACGUUAAAGCAAACCAAAGAAAGCAGCCCAAUGCCAAGUGGGGCCUUAUGUGUCUUAAAUGCUAUAGCUAAGUGUAAUCAGAUUUUAUUUGAGUAAUGUGAAUUUAAAUUAAAUGGUCUAAGCCUAAGAUUUAAGCUAGUCGACAGUGGAAAAUUAAAAGUUAAAGCAAGGGAGGCCGAAACCACCCAGCAGGAUUUGUUGAUCGAUUGACUAAGUACAUGAAUAAGUGUCAGCUUUAAUAAUUUAGUGAACGUGUCUUAAUCUAAGUCGAGCCACACAAGCACACCCACACCCACACACUCGACACACACAUACACUCACACAAACACCUACACACUCUUAAUUGACUGUGAACCGAUUGAAAUCUCUUUAAUCUCAAACCGAUACCUAUUUCUCGCAUCCAGGCGUUUUCCUCCUCAUCGCCGAAUGGAUUCCUUACUGGGAAUUGUCUUAGUUGAAAAACUAACACGUACAGUGCGUUUCCAAUCAUGAGUUGUAAUGAAUUUAUAUAUCCACAUAAAAUAAUGGAUUUAAUGUAUAGUUUUGGAGUUACCUAUUAAUUCAUUCGAAAGAUAUCGCUUGAUGUUUGAAACUGAUUAUUUCCUAAUUGAUGCCUACCACUAAACAUACGAGUAUAUCUAUAUAGUUCCCCACGUCGAAUACUAUUCUUUUUAGGUUGUUAAAUAUACGUAGUAUAGAUCUUGAAUGAAACGCAUUGUACAGCAGCCAUGUACAUGUACUACUUCUACUUCCAACAGCAAUACUUUCGACCUAGAUACCUUGCCACACCAUAUCAUGCCACACACCUGCCAAAAGCGCACAGUUCGCGAACUCAGUUCAAAACUCAAGUUGGACUGGCCGCGAACAGGCCUGCAACCUGGAUGAGGAUAGAAAACAGAUCCAGGUUUAGGUAUAGCGAUUUAAACUACCAGUGCCUUAUAAACCAUCAAAUCGAGUUACACAACAGCACUCCACCCCAGAAAUUCUGCAUUUCCGCCGCCCCAUUAGAUCAUUUUAACUAACUACCAACUACCAAUCGCUAAAGUCGAAUGCGUCAAAAUUAUUGUUCAAGUUUUGAGAUGUACACGUAAUGUUGAGACGAUAGUCGUUGAUCUGGCCCAUUCCGAACGAGCACUCCUUUUACAAUUCCAACCACCAUGCUAAAUUUGUCGAUCAUUAGUUGUCGAACUGAGCUAGAGCCCAACAAUGAUGAACCGCACUGCAUUCAAAUCGAUCGCCACCUCGAGUAAGAGUCGAUGUCUAGCUAGUUUUGAUCUGUAAGCACACCCACAGAACCCAUCCUACUGUCCAAGGACUACAGCUGAAUCCUGAAGCACGGGGUCAGAGUUUGCAGACAGGUCGGGCCAUUUGCCAGAGGCAAAAAUCUAGUACUUUUUAUAUAAGGGAUACAAGGUGAUAUAACUAAUUUUCAGAGAGCAAAUUUGAACAGCGCACGACAGAUACGGAUACAGAUACAGAUACCUAAUUGAAAUUGUUAGCCACAUUCAGCAGGGGGAGGGAGAGGUUGAAAGGUCGGUUGGGACCUUAGCUGGGACCCUUCCCUUAGAGAAUUGGAUGGGGUUGGCCAAGGCACUGGAGGCGCUUCAACGAGGAACAAAUUGAAAUUGAAAUAUAGCGGAAAGCAGCAAACGAUACACAAGCACUUCUUGUAAAAAGUGGCAAAGCAAAAUGAUCUAUGUAUUAGCUAAACAUAAAUGAAAUAUUACUUUUUAAUACUAGCAUAAAGUUAAAAACAAAACUAGAUACGAUCCUUUGCAGCUAAGAAGGGGACAAACGGAAUACUUAAGUUUAAAUGGUCAGUUGAUGAGCAGUGUGUACGUUAGAAUAUUGCACAUAAUUCACAGAACUGGUAAUUCAAUAUAUUAUAAUGGUAUAUAUUAAAAAAGAUACACACAUUUAAAGAGCUGCAUAUAUAAAUAUGUAUGUUCUUGCCAUAAUUAACAAAAUUUAAACCGAUACACAUACAUCAGCCAGCAUUUUGUAAGCGUGAAACCCAAAAACUAAUUAAAAUAAUAUGGAUUAAAAAUAACUGAUUAUCCCAGAUAUUGUUAGAUACUUUCUGGCAACGGAAAGGUGAACUUUGCCAUGAAAAUUUCAUCAGAUCUGAUAGGAAUAUGUUGAAGAUAUUUUGUAAGAUGCCUUAAAUUUCUCAACUCAAGUUCUUUGAAAAUUUUCGAAAACUAAACUUGGUAAAUUCAUAUAUUCCAUUACAUAACCUUCUAGCAGACGGACAAAGGUCUGCAGAGAAGAACAACUGGUUUGCUUCAAAAGUAUAGCAAUUUUUUUGUAAUAAUAAACUCUUAUUUCCGAUUAUAAAAAACAAAUGAAAACAAAA